AUGGCAAUGGACACUAUGGCAGUUGAACUGCCGGACUUGACAACCCACACUCCACAGCCACCUGUAGAAGAAACGCCGGAAGAAAAAUAUGAACGUCUCUUGCGUCGCGCUCGCAGCGAGGACCUGAGCGAGGUUUCGGGUAUCGGAUGCCUGUACCAGAGCGGCGUGGACCGGCUCGGGAGGCCCGUCGUUGUGUUCAUAGGGAAGUGGUUCCCCAUCUCUGAUAUUGAUUUGGAAAAAGCUCUCCUUUAUCUAAUCAAGCUGUUGGACCCUAUCGUCCGCGGCGACUACGUGAUAGCGUACUUCCAUACCCUCGCCUCCUCUAACAACCACCCGCCCUUCUCCUGGUUGAAGGAGGUCUACACCGUGCUGCCUUACAAAUAUAAGAAAAACCUAAAAGCCUUCUACAUCGUGCACCCGACAUUCUGGACAAAAAUGAUGACGUGGUGGUUCACGACGUUCAUGGCGCCGGCGAUAAAGGCCAAAGUGCACACGCUGCCCGGCGUCGAGUACCUGUACUCGGUGAUGCCGCGCGACCAGCUCGAGGUGCCCGCCUUCGUCACCGAGUACGAUAUGACGAUAAACGGUCUCCAUUACUUCCAGCCCGACACCAACAACACG